AUGAGGGUCCCAACACUAUCUUGCCUCGCAGAGGCCGUCAUCGUCUCGUCUCUCUUCGCCAACCUAGCAGCGGCCCAGGUGAAGUACUCGACAUGGAUGGCGUCAAGCAUCAUGUCGCGCAGCCAGGGCAUCAUGACAGGAAAAGGCGGCUCGUCGGAGCUGCUGCAGGCGGGCAUCACGCAGCGCGCGCUCACGGCGCUCGUAGCGCAGUACCCGCACGACAACGUGACGGCCGGCGCGCGCGCGUACGUGCAGCGCAGCGCCGCCUCCGUCGCCCCCUUCACGCUGAACGCGAGCUACGACGCGCUCGCGUACCCGCUGGACCGGCUAUCGACCGGCAACGCCAUGCUAUCUCUAUACUCUGCCAGCGACGCCAGCACGUCCACUUUCCGCCCGGCCGCCGACGCCCUGCGGCUUAGCAUCGACCUCAACCGCCGCAACCCCGAGGGCGGGCUCUGGUACUUCACCUACCCGCAGUGGAGCUACCUCGACGGCAUGUACUCUUUCGCGCCCUUCUACACUGUCUACACCGUAGGCACGGCCGGUAGCAGUGGUAGUGACGCAAACGCGACCGCCGCGCUGGACGACGUGGAUUUCCAGCUCGAUCUGCUGUGGACGCACACCCGCAACGCGACGACGGGGCUCCUGGCGCACGGCUACGACGCCUCUAAGACGGCGGUAUGGGCUAACCCGUCGACGGGCGCGAGUCCGCACGUGUGGGGCCGCAGCCUGGGCUGGUACGCGGUGGCGCUCGUCGAGACGCUCGAGGCGCUGCCCAAGUCCGCGUGCACGGUGCGCGGCAACGUGCUCGAGAAGCUGCGGCUCCUGGCCGGCGCUCUCGUCGAGGCCGUCGACCCCGUGACCGGCGGCUGGUGGCAGGUCCUGGACCAGCCGGGCAGGGCGGGGAAUUACAUCGAGUCGAGCGGCAGCGCGAUGUUCGCGUACGCGCUGCUGAAGGGCGCGCGGCUGGGGUACCUGGGAGGCGCGAAUGCCACGUUAGCUGCCAAGGCGACGCAGGUUGGCGUCCGCGGCCACGGGUACCUGACGCAGACGUUCUUGGUCAAGGAGGCGAACGGCACGUUGGGGUACAAUGGGACCGUGUCGGUGUGCAGUUUGAACUCGACGGCGAGUUACGAGUAUUACGUCGGACAGCCCAUCAACUACAACAGCGUGCUCGGAUCCGCUGCUUACGUACUCGCCUCCCUCGAGGUUGAACAACUGCAGAUUUCAUGA